UGCCCAGCCGAUCUGGCAAGUGCACUCUGCACAUGCCUAAGGGCAUGAAUUGAUAGAUACGUAAGGGCGGGCUCGUGGACUGGGAGAAUCUGUGGCCAGGCAUCGGCUGGAAGGGCUGCCCCCUCCCCCAUUUUUACAGGCAAAUAAUUAAAAAUAGUUUACAGCUUGACCUUGAAAAGGCUUUCAAACUAGAUGAACUGCCCUCCCUUCCUCCCCAGAACUUUUAGGUCGGCCACCGGCCUGAGCCAUCUAAGCCGUGCAGUGCAGGGAAUUGUAGUUCUCCAGAUGCUAGGAUCUAAGAACAUCUGGAGGGCCAGCCGCUCCUGAUCCAGUUCAAACUCCUGUUGGAUGCAGGAAAUCUAGUGCAAGAGCAGGCAUGAGGGCCGUGCGGUCCUCCAGAUGUUGGUGGACUGCAACUCCCAUCUGCCCUGGCCAGCAUAGCCAAGAGUGAAGGAUUAUGGGAAUAUUUGGAAGGCCACACAUGUUCCUCAUCCUUGAGUUAGAGCAUUCCUAGUAGCCACCUAGCCUCUGCUUUAAACCACCCCAAGAUAAUAUCAAACUGUUGGUACUGGAAGGAAAUGUCAUCCAAAAUCUACAAUUUGCUACUGCAAGUAGCUGGCCUCUUUUAGGCAAACAGUCAUAUGUUCUGUAGGGGACGGGAUAGAAAAGCUUUUAAUAAAUAAAAAUAAAUAAAAUGCAGAAAUAAACCAGAAAGUGUCAAGUGAUGAUACAGGUGCUCCAAAUAUUAUUACAAUACCUAUAAAACAGACCCAUUUGUCCAAUUACUCUUGAGUAACUGUGCUUAGAAACUUGGGCUAAAUCUCACUGUCACUUCUAAGAGAGCUAGCUCUAAAUGCUUUAUGGUUUGGGGUAGUCUAAAUAUUAUACAUGCCCCAGCACUUCCUUAUGGAGGGUCUUGCUUUUGGCUUCCUGUGGGCAUCUGGUUGACCCCUGUGUGAACAGAAUGCUGAAGCAGAUGGGCCCUGGUCUGGUCUAGCAGGGUGUUAAUUUUGUUGAUUCAUCUAUUUAUUUAAUCUCUAUACAGCCCAACAACCAAAAGUCUUUUAGCAGUUCAUAGCAGCAUAUUUAAAAUCAACAUAAACUAUACCAAUUAAAACAUUAAAGCAUCAUAAAAGUUAGCAAUACAAAAUGUAUAACCAACUAAAAACCAAUAAACAAAAUGAUAUAUUAAAACGAUCCUGUUAAAUGCUGUCUAACAACCAGCAGGCCCCAGUAACUAAUUAAAUGCCCUGCAGUAGAGAAUGGUAUUACCUGGUGCUGAAAAGGUAGUAAAGUUGGCACCUGGUGGGCCUUAAUGGAGAACUCAUUCCAGAACUAGGGGGCCGCCACUGAAAAGGCUCUUCUGCUUGUUGCCACCCUCCGAGCUUCCCUUGGAAAUGGCAAUAUGAGAAAGCCCCCCAAACAGAAAAGGUGUUCUGUCAGGCAAUUAAACAGCUUAUUUGCUAGACUCCUGAAAGUGAAAUAUUUUGAAUCAGCUACAUCACAUACAUUAUUUCCAUCUGUCUGGACAUAUUUGGGCCGGCCUCUUAAUCGACUGCCUCAGCGCCUUGGAGAAAUUCAGAGAAAUAGUUUCUCAACCAUGCCGGAGAUGAUUGACAAGAAAGUUGACCUUGACCUGAACUUGCCACAUCCUAGAGUACGGGGAAUGACCACCCUGGACAGGGCUGCUUUCACCAGAGUUGUCGUCAUCCCAGCUCUUAAAGUGAAGAAAGAUAUCAUAAACAAGCUGGCAAAGGCCCUCAAAGGGCUGCUCAUCAAGCGCCCUGGUCUCAAAAGAGUGGUGGAAGACCCUGAAGAUGAAAGCCAAAGGUUAAUUUUGCUAGAUCCUCAGCAAAUACCUGCUGACUGUUCCCUGGGUAAAUCUGAGCAAGAGAUCUUAAAGAGCUUUAAUGUUAACCCUGAGAUAGUCAAAUGCAACGUGGAACUGACAUAUGCUCAUUUCAAGGCAGAUGAAAUUCUGCAGGCAGUGCUUCCUGAAGGCCAGGAAGUGACCACUGCAUUUAGCAGAGUCGGUCAUAUCGCUCACCUGAAUCUGAGGGACCAUCAGCUGCCUUACAAACAUUUAAUUGGCCAAGUGAUCAUUGACAAGAACCAAGGGAUCACCUGUGCUGUCAAUAAAAUCAAUAAUAUUGAGAAUGCAUAUCGAAACUUUCAAAUGGAAGUGCUAGCUGGAGAUGAGACUAAUAUGAUAACCAAGGUGAAGGAGCACUACUGCUCCUACGAAUUCGAUUUUUCCAAAGUGUACUGGAAUCCCCGCCUCUCCACAGAGCACACACGUAUCGUUGACUUCUUGAAGCCGGGCGACCUUCUCUUCGACGUCUUUGCAGGGGUGGGGCCGUUUGCGAUCCCCGCAGCAAAGAAGAACUGUGUGGUUUUUGCAAACGACCUCAACCCGGAAUCCUAUAAAUGGCUGCAGCACAACUGUAAGUUAAACAAAGUGGACAAAAAAGUCAAGGUCUUCAACAUGGAUGGCAGAGAUUUCCUGCGGGGGCCAGUGAAGGAAGAACUGGCCAAGCAGCUCCCUUUGAAGGAGCGGGAGAGCUCUCUGCAUAUUGUCAUGAACUUGCCAGCCAUGGCCAUUGAGUUCCUGGAUGUCUUCAGACACCUUCUGGAGGGAGCGCCAGUCAGCAACGCGCUUCCCACAGUCCAUUGCUACUGCUUUUCCAAAGACGGCAGUCCUGCACAGGCUGUUCAGGAAAGAGUUGAAGCUUGCUUGGAAACAUCCCUGGAGGGCCUUUGUUCCAUUGAACUGGUGAGGAGGGUGGCGCCCAAUAAGGACAUGUUCUGCAUUAGCUUCCGGCUUCCGGCUGAGGUGUUGUUCCGGCCACCUUCUUCUCUGGCAGGUACAGAUAACCUGCAGGAGCCAGCAUCUAAACGCCUGCGCCCAAAUGAAGACUCUCCCGAGGAAUCCCUGAAUCGGGUCUAGUAGGCUUUCUGGAUAUCACGGCUGAAAUGAUGGCUAAACGGAACCUCGUCUUUCAAGAUGGGCGGGCCAGAUAGUUCAUCUGGACUUUUCUGGGCAGCUGGGUCUGUGAAAGCUGGUUUUACAGUUGUCCCAUUCCUAUGCCACUUAUGCAUCUUGAUUCUUUUUAAUUCCAUGAUGGGUCCAUUCUUCUUCUUUGAAAGAUUAUAAAAUUCAUAUUUUCUGGUAGCCCCUUUUGUUCCAGUUGUGUGCAGUCAUUCACUGGUCAGUGAGAAACUGGCAAAGUUAAUGGAAGCAGGUAAAAAGAUCUUGACAAGAUCUGCUUCCGUGUUGUUCUUUUGCAGUUGAGGGUGUGGGGGUCUUAAAAUUUUAGCCAGAUCCAUCUUGAGGGACAGGAGAGUUCCUAAAGAGGAUCCAGGUCAAAGGAGAGGGUGUUCUUCUGCAGUGGAGGCUUUGCGGCGAUUUCUCAGAAAGGCCUGUAGUGCAAUCGUUCCUCAUCUUUGGCCCGGAAGAACCCCUUAUAAGGAAGGGGUGGGACUUCAGUUCUUUAACCCUGUUCUGAUGCUGUGAGAGGACAGAGCAGGAUUGCACCAGGGGAGGGGGGGCUCUUGCUCACUUCGUUCUCUUCCUCAGUGUCCCUCCCAACCCCCU